AGAUCUCUCAAACUUUUUAUUGUGUUGUUGAGUGCAUGAAAGCUUGCUAUGGCCGGAACGUCGACGCCUUGCAUAGAGUGUUGCAUGAAGGAAAGGUUCAAAGCGGUAAUGGCGGCUGGAGAAAAUGCGAAAAAUCAACCCCAAACGGCCCCAACACCAAAGCUGCAGAAGGUUAAAUUCUUGCUCCGUGAUAACAAGAAUUUUGCAAAGUUUUACGAGCCAAGAGUGGUAUCUUUGGGUCCCAUCCAUCAUGGCAAGGAAAAGUACCGGUUAGGAGAGAAAUACAAGCUCGGAUUGACCAAAGAUUUUGUUACAGAAAGUUGCGAGAACGUAACUAUAGAAGAUUUAUACAAGAAAAUAGAGGAGGAAAUCAAGGCACUCAGGGAAUGCUUCGAGGAAGAGGUGACGAGGCCCUACGAUAAUGGCGGCCUCGCCUGGAUACUGUUCGUGGACGGCUGCGCAGUACUGCAAUACAUAUACUACGCUGUUAAAGAAAAGUUCACAGAGAAGAGUAUAAAACGCGCCAGCGUAGCCUUCUGGCAACAGGAUUUGUUCCUGCUGGAGAACCAACUUCCGUAUCGUCUCCUGGAGUCGUUGAUGAGCCUGAGCAAGAUGAAAGGCAAGUUCAGGAGUUCGAUUCGGGAUUUCAUUAAAAAAAACCACAACAUGGUACUAGAGGGUGGUCAGCAAUUACCAGGAAAUAGAGAAAGAUCAGAGGAUUCAGAGCCGCCGCCGACCCAUCUUCUGGAUCUUCUGAGGACAAGCCUCUUGGGCCCGCCAGGGUCUCAGACAAAAACUAAGAAGAGCAAAAUAGAACGAAAGGAUCCAGAAUGGCAAUCCUACCGCAAUUUGCAGGAGCUUAAAGCAGCAGGAAUCAUCGUGAAAAGGAGUUGUAUUAAAACUGGUAAUUACUUGAGAAGUAUAUCUUUCGCUAGAAAAUGGAUUAAUUUGUUGCCAGGAAAGUACUUCAAUUUGCACACAGGACACAUUUCGCUCCCACCCAUGAUUGUAGAUGACUCGACACGGCCAAAGUUCUUGAACAUGAUAGCCUACGAAAUGUGUCUGGACUUCUACAACGACUUCGGCGUCACCUCCUACAUAUCCUUCCUCGACUCGCUCAUUGAUGAAGCCAGCGACGUCAAGGACCUGAGAAAAGCGCGCGUGCUGUACAACUUCCUCGGCAGCGACGAGGAAGUGGCUCAGCUAUUCAAUGAGAUAGGGACAGACUUGGUGCCAGACCUUAAAGCAUACAAGGAUGUCAAAUACCAGAUUCAGGAAUGCUACGACAACACUUGGAUGAAAUUCACAGCUGAGUUCUUUCACUAUCAUUUCCGCAACUCCUGGACGGGCCUCGCUUCUUUGGGUGCAUUGUUUGCGCUUUUUCUGGGUGCCACUCAGACUUGGUUUGCAGUGUUCUCCCCUGACGAUUGCAAUGAUUUUUGCAAGAAAUUUACACAAAACUUAUGAGUGGAAAUUAAGGUAAGGUCCAGAAGGAAUUUGUUUGAUGUUUCCUUUGCCAUCUCCAUGUAUCCCUCAUCUUUCUGUUAGCUAUAUAUAGUGGGCAUGCAUGCAUGGCCUCUUUGCCUCAGGAUUUAGGCCGUUGUUUCCAAUUACAGAAAGAACCCUUCAGAGCUUCACUCCUGUCAUUAUUUCACAUAAGGUCAUUCUUUCCAGACCACAUCA